AUGGGAUACCCCGUCGCCGAUUCGUUCUCGGACUACGGUAGCGCCUGGCUGCGGCCGAUGGGCGUGGCCCAAGUGGCCAGACAUGCUCGGUAUGAACAGUGCGGAUCAGACGUCAGCGACCACGACAGCGAUUCCUCCUGCUCCAACAACGAUGCUACCUCUUUCGCCAUUAUUGGCAUUUUGCCAACAUCGGUGUUUCAGAAUGAUCAGGGUCCACUCGGAAAGUUGAUGGAACAAUGCAGUCGCCUCAACGCUAACGUGAUUCUAGAUAAGCUUGAGGCAAGCCAAACCUGCAGUAGACAAGUCUCCAGCCACAUCCGACUCCACGUAUCCACAAUACCAGCACUACUGGCCAGGAGCUCCAUGGUGGGAUCAAACGGGCACAUGGUCACUACCGUACACCUCAGUGGACGCUUACUCUCCCUACUUGUCCUCCCAACUGGGGCUGCUGUCUUCAGUACCGCCAUCGACAUCAUCGCUAAAUCAGCGAUUAACGAUCGCGGAAAACCAACACAACGACGUCAGCCGGAGGUGGAAAGAAUCAAUAACGUGCCGGUGAAAAAACGAGGUAUUCACAAUUGCCAUAUCGCCGGCUGUGGAAAGGUCUAUAACAAAAGCAGUCACCUGAAAGCACAUCUGCGUUGGCAUUCAGGAGAACGACCUCCGGUUAGUUUGAAAAAUAGAUUUUUUUCUGUUUUUAAUGCAAUUGGGCAUUGUUAUUGGAGGCAAGCCAGCCCGGUGCGUACUGACGCAAUCAUAAGACCGUAA